AUGCUCAGCAAGGAAUUAAUGAAGGAGCUCGGGGUGACGAACAUGAAGGAGCUCAUAACUGUUAAGAAGACUGGAUCAGGAGAUUUGAAAAAGACAUCAGCCAAGCAAAAAGAAAGAGAGAAGAAAAAGUUGAGAAAGCUACUUGAAAAGAAGCAGAAGCAAGACAAAAUGAAGAAUAUUUUGCAGAGUCUCUCAGAUCAUAAGGAUGACAUAAAAGUCUCUGAUUAUGACAAGCUCAAGAGUUCCAGACUAUUAGGGCAAAAGGAUCGAAAGCCAUCAAUGGAUAGAAAGCCCUCUUAAAAUCAAGAGAUUGAAUAGAAUGAAGAGGAGAUUGAAGAAGUAGAGGUGUAUCAGAGUGAAAUUAUCAAUGCCAAUUCAAAGCCAAUAAUUGAUACUUAGGUGAAGUAGAAAGUAGAGGAAGAUUUUCAAAAUAUGAAGGAUGUGAUUAGGCAGCUUAAGAGAUAGAUCUAGGAAGAUAUCGAUAAGAACUAGGUUGAUUCAGACGAAGAGUAGAAGCGGGAGAUGAAGGAUUAUGAUAAAAAGCUGACAUUAAUAAACAAAAAGGAUAAAUUGCAUUUCACUCAAGAUAGCAGCAAGAAGUUAGAUGAAAUAGAAACAUUUAAAACAGAUGAUAAAGACAAUAAAAAGGAAAACCAACUGCCUAUUUUAUAUCAUGAAAGAGAAAUAAUGGAGAGUGUAGAAAACUAGAUAGUGACCAUAGUCUGCGGAGAGACAGGAAGUGGUAAAUCUACGCAAAUUCCUCAGUUUAUUCUAAACUCUAAUAUGCAUAAUAGUUGGAAAUACAGAAACUCCCAUGGCAAGCUGCUUGUUGGUAUAACUCAGCCAAGAAGGGUGGCCGCUGUAAGUUUAGCAAAGCGUGUCUCUGAUGAGAUCGGCAAGAUACUAGGUGAAGAAGUUGGUUAUUAAAUCAGAUAUGACUCUGAAUUCUUCUCCAGAGAAAAGACCGCCAUUAAGUUUAUGACAGACGGAAUCCUUCUUAAGGAAAUUGAGCAGGAUUUUCUACUCAAGCACUACUCUGUAAUAAUAAUCGAUGAGGCUCAUGAAAGAAGUCUUAACUCAGAUAUACUCGUCAGUUUAUUGACUAGGAUUGCUUAAGCCAGAUGUGAUUUAGCUUUUAAGGAAAGAGAGCAGGAUAAAUAUGAGACCACUCCUUUAAGAUUAGUGAUCAUGAGUGCCACACUUAGAGUCGAAGACUUCAGAGAAAACAAAAGAUUGUUCCCUGAAAAAAUUCCCUAAGUUAUAAAGGUAGAAGCAAGAUAGUAUCCAGUUAGCAUGCAUUAUAAUAAAGUGACUAAGGAUGAUUACAUUGAAGAGGCUUAUAGAAAGAUAGUCAAAAUACAUAAGAAUCUUCCUUCUGGUGGUAUUCUUGUGUUUGUAACUGGUAAAAAGGAGAUUAUGUAUCUUUGCAGAAGAAUUCAAAUGGAACUAAACAAGAAUAUAGAUAAGAUAAGUGGAUAAAAGAGAUAAAGAUCUGAAUCUUAGUAGUCUGAAGAGUUAUUUGAAGAUUAUAGCAUGUAUGAUCAUGAAGAAAAGGAAAAUUUGAAGGUUUAAGUCAUGCCACUCUAUUCUUAGUUAAAUCCAGACAAGCAGUAUAAGGUCUUUUAAAAUCCUAAGCCAGGCCAUAGAUUGAUUGUAGUUUCAACAAACGUGGCUGAGACAUCAGUUACCAUUCCUAAUAUCAGAUAUGUGGUAGAUACUGGAAGAGCUAAAGAGAAAAUAUUUGAUAAGAGACUAUAGCUUUCACAGUUCAGAGUUGAGUGGAUCUCCUAAGCAUCAGCUGAAUAAAGAGCUGGAAGAGCAGGUAGAACCGGUCCAGGUCAUUGCUAUAGACUGUAUUCAAGUGCCUUGUUUUCUAAGUUAGAGAAGUACAGUGAACCUGAGAUUAUGAAAACUCCUUUAGAACAGACAUUACUCUAACUGAAGUCUAUGGGUGUUGAGGAUCUUAUAAGAUUUCCUUAUGUAACAAAGCCACCUACUAUCGCUAUAAAGGCAGCAAUUAGGUAGUUGUGUAUUUUGGGUGCCUUAGAUAUUGAUCAGAAGCAACUGAUUAAUACUAAGCAAAUGGAAAUUGAAGAUUUCAUUUAAAGUGGAAGAGAUACCUUUUAGACCUGGGCCAAAGAUCCAACUACAAUUAAUGAUCUAGGACUGCUCCUGUCCAAGAUUCCCAUAUCGCCCAAAUACGCUAAAAUGCUAGUUGUAAGUGCCAAGUAUGGUCUGUUGAGAUAUGCUAUAAUGAUUGUAGCCUGCAUGAGUGUAGCUGAAAUAUUUGUGCCUAUGGAUUUCAAGGAGACAGACAUAGUUAAUGAUUAAAGUGACGAGGACGAUAAGUAGUUAAAUCAAGAUAGAGACCUUGUUACUUCAAUAGAUGUCUAGAAAAAAGAAGACAGACAGAAGCAUCUUGGAAAAUUAAUCAGAGAAAAAAGGAAACUACAGAUUUAGCAGAUUAAAGAGCAGAGAUCGAAGUGGUAGAGUGACAAGAGUGACCUUCUAAUGUAUGCUAAAUUGAUGGCUGACUAUUUCACGUUUAUCAAUUCUAAGUAAAAUCAAGAUGAUACCAAUGUCGGAUAUAAGAAUGGUUUUGCUAGCUAUGAAAAGAGAUUGCAGCAAUUUUGCAAGGAUAAUAAACUGCAAGACAAGGCGAUGAAAGAAGUCCAUUUCUUGUGUCUUCAACUUUAACGUAUCUUUUUCUAGCAAGUAGAAGGAUUUGAGUCUAAUAAACAGUACAACCUAGCCUCAGACUAGAUUGCAAUGCCAACUUCAAGCGAAGAGUAGAUUCUCUAGCAAAUCAUAAUAUCUGGUCUUUGCGAGAAUCUAGCUAGGAAAUGCCCCUUAUUCGAUGCUAAAGGUAUUGAAAUUAAACAGACCAACAAGAUGAAGGCAGUCUAUGAGAGCUAAGAAUCUAAAGAGAAGCUAAGUCUGCACCCCUUCUCACCUUUAUACAAAGAGAAGCCAGAGUUCAUCGUAUAUCAGGAGAUAUAUGCUAUAGAGAGUCCAGAGACAGGUAAGAUGAAGUACUAUCUUAAGGGAGCGACUAAGAUUGAUAACCUCAACUGGAUGUAUAAUCUAUCAAGUCAUGUACUACUUUAAACAUCUAAGCCCAUUACUGAAGAAAACAACAAUUAGGCAAAUCAAAUUGACCUGAGAAUGGCUAAGGCAAUGCUUAUUAAGGAUAUUAAGUCGCAUGAUAAAAAGAGUCAGUAACAGUAGCUUUCCCAAUUGAUUUAGUACGAUUAAGACAAAGAUUAAGUGAUGGUAUAUGUUAGAGUCUACUAUGGAAACCAGAGAUGGCCAUUGAAUAUACAGUAGGUUGCUUUGUCUUCAAUCAAGGACACUAUAAAUGAAGAGGAGUACUACUCAUAUGUAGCAUAUAUGCUUUUGGAUGGCUAGAUGUUGGAUUAAUUAAGAGCUCUCAGGAAAUUCUUUAUUAGUGCACCUAAGGAAGUGCUGGAAAAAGGAAAUAUUUCUGCCAAAGUCAUAAAGAUUAUUGGACAGUUGAAGGCUUUUGAAAUUGAUAGUAGAGCUAAGAUUCAAACUAAGUGGGAGGAUAACCCAUAUUUCUUAAUGGAUUCCCUUAAUCUAUGGCUUAAUGAUGAGGGUAAGAAAUAGCUGAAGAAUGUCUGGAACACACUUUAAUGA